GUGUGUUAGUGCUUGGCGCGCAUUGUCUGAUUGUAUUUCCUCGGUAUACUCAUCCAUCCGAUGAAAAUCCUAGCUGUGUUUCCAAAUAAAUCCUUAUCUCUCGCCUUGCAUUGUCAUAAACAUGUCCAGCCACGGCUUCGCGGUGAAUUAUCGGAGAUUCGGUAGCAAGGAAAACCUCGUCGUGGGCUCAAACAACGGGGACGCGGACGACGAAAUGGAAGAAGACGAAGAUAUGACGGAAGCUGAACUCGAACAGCAAGAGGAGCAAGAAGAAUUAGAGCAAGUUCAGUUACCACAUAAACACGUGUACUUCGUGACUGAUCCAAAUAUGAGCUCAUGGAACGAGGGAUACCAUGCUAUGGAGCCAGUCUCGUGGCUUGGGAAGCUUAGAGAGAAGAUCAGGAGAAUUGUGGAACAUUUUAUCAUCAGGUUAAUCAGUUUGCUGCUUGUUCUGGCUGAUGUUAUUAUUGUUAUUGUUGAUCUUUCAACAAAUGACACCAAUCACACUUCAGAGAGUUACAAGCCUUUGGAAAUAUUCUCUGUAGUGAUUGCUACAAUCUUUCUGAUUGAAUUGAGUAUGAGGGUUUUUGCAUUAGGGACUUUUUUCUUCAAGCGUUGGCUGGAAGUCCUUGACCUAGUAGUUGUAUUGGCGUCUUUCAUACUUACAGUGGUGUUUGCUGCUAUCACAUUUGAGCAUAGUUAUGUCAAAUUGGUGGUUGCAGCCCGUUUCAUCAGAGUUCUGUUCUUUAUAAGAAUAGUCACAGGAAAAGAUCAGUUGGAAAGAGCAACAAGAAGAAUGAUAUCCCAGAAUAAGAGAAGAUACCAGCAAGAUGGCUUUGACCUUGAUCUUACUUAUGUGACAGAAAGAGUAAUAGCCAUGUCCUUUCCAUCGUCUGGAAAGCAUAAAAUGUACCGCAAUCCCAUCUCAGAAGUUGCAAGAUUCCUGGAUACCAAACAUUCUGAUCACUACAAAGUCUACAAUCUCUGUAGUGAGAGAAGCUAUGAUCCAUCCAUUUUUCACAAUCAAGUGGAAAGAAUACUCAUAGAUGACCACAACGUCCCAAGACUUAGCCAGCUGCUGUAUUUCUGUCACAAUGUCAGAGAAUGGUUGGACAAAGACCCCUCAAAUGUCAUUGCUGUACAUUGCAAAGGAGGAAAAGGUAGAACAGGGACAGCUAUUUGUGCCUGGUUGAUUGCCAGUGGCCAGUUUGAACAGGCACAGCACAGCCUGGAGUACUUUGGAGUGCGACGUACAGAUUACAGUGUUGGUAAAACUUACCAAGGUGUUCAGACUCCUAGCCAGGGGCGUUAUGUAGGGUACCUUGAGCAAAUCUUUACAAAGCUGAACAGAAGAAUGCCACCCGCUGUCACACUCAAAUUGAAGACAAUCAAAAUUGAUGGCAUUGGAGGUGUUGGUAAUGGUGACGGUAAAGAUUUGAGGCUAGAGGUUAUAAUCAACAGCAGUGUGGUGUGCCACAUGUCAUGCAGUGAGGGCCAGCCUGGACAGAUAAAGUAUUUUGAAGAUCUGGACAAGCUUGUGAUCGCAGUUGGUGAAACGGAUUGCCCUUCUCUCACUGGGGACAUCAAAAUCAAGUUCUACUCUAACAACCCUAAUGUACCAGUUGGCUAUGAUCAUUGUGCAUUCUAUUUCUGGUUCCAUACAAGUUUCAUAGAAAAUUACAGAUUGUUUCUGCGAAGAGAGGAAUUGGAUAAUCCGCAUAAACCAAAAGUAUGGAAAGUCUACAAGGAAACAUUUGCUGUUGACAUUACGUUCCACCAGCAAUAGCAUGUUUUGUGGAAAAUUGUUUUGUAGAAGAUAUAAAGUGUAGCACACACACUAGCCCAAUGGUUGGUUUCAGUUUAUUGCUGCCAGUGCACUGAAGCAGAAAAUUAAGGCAAAUUCUCUGUGUUGGGUGAAUUAUCAUCUUUUUAAAAGAAAAUUGACCUAUUGUAGCUUCAGUCACUGGUCUCACAUUUUGGGUGAAACCGUGCUAGAUGAUAUCAACCCUUUUUGUACAAAAAAACAUAUGACCAGACAACAAAAUUUUACAAAAACAUAUACUGUCUCAAACUAGGUACGGAAUUUUUAUUGAAGUUUGACAACAACUGUGCAGAUACCGUACAUCUGGGUGGGAAAACAGUUUAACCUUGAUAUACCAAUAUUUGAUGUAUAACAACUGACUUUUUGGGUAUUAUAUAAUAUUUGUAAUAAUAAUUGAUGAUGCAAUAUUUGUCCCUUGUCAUUAUCAAUGUUCUAUUGAGAAUUACAAACACAGUAGAAGAUUGUUGUAACUUCUUAGGCCACAGAUGUAGAUGUAAAGCCACAUUGUCACCAGUUUACUUCCAGAGGGCUGUGAGAAACCUCAUCUGACAAAAUAAUCUAUUAGAAUCCACGCUAUUUAACAGACCAUCCUCUCUAAAUAGACAAUAGACUGCUGCUUUUACAAUUUUGAAAUGUUUUCUGUGUUUCCCAUUAAAAGUCAUUGAAGAUUGUUACAAAAUCAACCAAAAGUAAACUGGUGACAAUGCUGCUUUAACUUUCACAGUAAUGAAAUUGAAAUUAAUGGAAAUCUAGCUACUUCCUAUUCCAUUGGAGUUCAACAAGCUUGUAAAAAGUAUGCCAUAGACCUUUUUUUAGGGUGACAUGAAAUGAAAUGUACAGCAAUAAGAAUUGAGUGCAUAAUAUUUUUAAUGAAAUAAAAUUUUGAUAUGCCAAAAGGAAAGGAAUUUUGAAAAGAUCUGCCUACAAUGAAAAGAAAUAAUGGAUUUUUGAUUUUAUAUAAUUGUAUCACUUAAUUGAAAUACAAUAAAGAAUACUUUUUGGA